GAUGCUGCCUCCUCAACUGGUGCUGAUCGUUCUCGGCGUGAUUGCCGUGUCUGUGUUUCCCAUCGAGAGAGCUGAUGGCGUUCGAAUUUGUGGAAAGCGACUUGCCGAUCUGCUCAACUUCAUCUGUGAAAAGCAUGGAGGAUUCCACGCUCCUCGGUUGAGGAGGGACGGUUCAUCCAAACUGGAAGACAAGAAAUCGGGCGUUGAGGUGUUCCGGACGCCUUCCCGCCGCACCACUCUCGACGAAGGGGGCGAAACAGGCAAUGGGGUUGUAGACGAGUGCUGCAGGAAGCAGUGCACCCUGGCCACUCUAGUGUCAUACUGUGCAAACGCGGGGUCCAUCAACCUGGACGAGAUACUGCUGCGAAGCGGACCCAUCCUCUCUGACGAAGAGUAUCAGAUGCAGAAGGACCGACCCGCAAUGUCUUCUGACACUGGAACUGUUACCAACGCCAUACCUCAGAUGCCCCAACCACUGGCCCUCUACCAUUCCAGCCGUCCCAACCUGGGCCUCUCCACGCGCAACAGGCCCGUCUUUAUAGUCAUGUCCCAACUGCAGGACGAGGAAGAUCGAGCACUUGGGGAAUACAGAUUUUAAAGACGUUCGGAGACUGUUCCGCCCACCACAUCACACAUUGAAGAGGCGUCCCCCAUUCACCAGAAGGUCCCGCUCCUGGCCUUCGAGUCCAAGAGAAAUGCUUGCUUUUCGAUUGUUGAACACCUAAUAUGAUUCAAAUAAAGUUGUUUA